GAUUCCACAUAACAUUUUUGUAGCGAAGUUGCAAGAGAACCGAAGUUGCAACAAUUUCGCCGUGUGUAAAGGACACAUGAAGACGAUGUUUUCUUCAUAGCAAUUUGUGCUGCAGCAAUUUCUUCGAUAAUUGCUGCGAAAAAAGUCGGAGGAGCACUUAGAGAUGCAGCAGGUAAUGCUGCUGUGCUGCUUUUAUUGGUGACCUGAGUCCACUUGUAGAUUUUUGUGGGGGUAAUAAAAAAACCUUACGGUUUGUGCUCGACAAUGGCUGUUCAGUUGCUGCAAGAAGUCUCGACUCGCCUCCCGCUAUCCACGACGCAUGACAAGCCAUUAGCAAAGUCAGCGUGCACGGUUUGUGGGUUGGGAAGUAGAAACUUAUACGGUAUCACGCCUACACGACUUCGCAAUUUUCCUAGCCUUACGGUGUCUACUUCCGAAUAUUUGCCUACAAGAAAGUGUCUACCGAGGGACGUAAUUCGAGCAGAUAUGGGGACAGAGGAAAGUCGACGAAUCCCUAGGGUACUCACUGUGGCAGGCUCGGAUUCUGGAGCAGGAGCUGGGAUUCAAGCCGACAUGAAAGCUUGUGGAGCGCUUGGGGUUUACUGUACCACAGCGAUUACUGCCGUUACUGCGCAAAAUACCGUUGGAGUACAGGGGAUCCACGAGGUGCCAGCAGAUUUUGUGGCUUCUCAAGUGAAAUCUGUACUGCUGGACAUCGGUGCUGAUGUGGUGAAGACCGGCAUGUUGCCUUCCGUUGAGAUAAUCCGCAGUCUGUGUGAUAUUUUGCGAACAUACCCUGUAAAAGGCCUUGUCGUGGAUCCUGUUUUAAUCUCGACAAGUGGUGAUGAGCUCGCUGGUCCUGCGAUACUUGAUGCCCUUCGAGAUGAUUUGUUCCCUUUGGCGGAUCUGGUGACACCCAACUUGCCAGAGGCUUCCGCAAUAAUUGGAGGUGAUCCUGUAACUACUGUCGCUGAAAUGCGUGAAGCAGCUGAAGCUAUUCACCAACUUGGUCCACGGUACGUCCUUGUUAAAGGUGGGCACUUACCUGGCACCAACACCUUAAUCGACGUUCUUUACGAUGGAGUUGAGUGGCAUGAGCUGCCGGGAUCUCGGAUAGAAACGCGCAACACGCAUGGCACGGGAUGCACUCUGGCAUCUUCAAUAGCUGCCGAGCUUGCCAAAGGCCAAUCUAUGCUCCCUGCUGUCCUGGCUUCCAAGCGCUACUUAAAGGAUGUACUGGAAGAAAAUGCAACAUUGAAGAUUGGAGAAGGCAAGCAAGGCCCCGUGAACCACCUGUUUAAGCUGUCAGACUGGGAGAAGUCUUCGACGCAGAGCAAGUUUCGGCCAGAGUCACUCCUACUCUAUGCAGUCACAGAUUCUUCCAUGAACAAGACAUGGGGUCGAUCCACAUCAGAAGCUGUUCGGGCGGCCAUUGAAGGUGGUGCUACAAUCGUUCAAAUCAGAGAGAAAGAGGCUGAUACGGGCGAGUUUCUUCAAGAAGCUGAAACAUCACUGAAAGUGGCACGGGAUUAUGGAAUUCCACUUUUGAUCAACGACAGAAUAGAUAUAGCAAUCGCAUGUGAUGCAGAUGGUGUGCACUUGGGGCAGAGUGACCUUCCUGUUGCUCGUGCCCGUGCAAUUUUGGGGCCCGGGAAAAUUAUCGGGGUUUCAUGCAAGACUCCAGAGCAAGCAGAGAAGGCUUGGAAGGACGGGGCUGAUUACGUAGGUUCAGGUGGAGUAUAUCCCACAAAUACAAAGAAGGACAACAAAACGAUCGGGAUCGAGGGGCUACGCGAGGUUUGUUAUGGCAGUCCUAUCCCAGUGGUCGCCAUUGGUGGGAUUUCUGGAGCUAAUGCUGCGGAAGUCAUGGCCUACCCUCGUCCAGAGAAUCUGAAGGGAGUAGCAGUCGUCUCUGCAUUCUUCAAUCAACCCGAUGUGAAGAAGGCUACUGCAGCAGUGAAGUCUGUGGUAGAGGAAUGUUUGAAGGACGUUUCUGUUCCAAAUACAUCUUCCUAAGGAUUACCGAGAGCAAUGGACUAGGCUCUGUACGUAUCAGACAGGAUAUGAUGAUAGUUGGGCACCGAAUUUUUUUGAUCAGUUUUGGAAAAAUUAACGGAUCUGAGUGACAACGAGAUUUGAGGGUGUGUUAACAUUCGUCUCGCUACUGUCACAAAUUUUGUAUUGCGCCACCUUUGUGACUCUGCUUAACUACUGGAUUAUGACUUUAUCGCAAUGUUUUUCAACCUCUUUGGGACUUUU